AUGGGCUUUCUUUUAAUUGUUUUUCUAGCACUCCUUGCAUACGUUGGAUAUUUGUUCUAUGCGAAAGAGCUUACUUUCCCAAUUGAUCAAUCGAUUUUCUAUAAGAAGGUAAUGGCACUUCUUGAGAAGGCUAAGAAAUUUGUUGAUGAACAACAAGCCAAACAGAAGUCGCAUCCAAAGACCGACGAAGUGACUGCUCCGAAAAAAGAAGCAAAACCAGAAACCAAAAAAGAGGAAAAGAAAGUCGAAGCGAAGAAAAGUGAACCAAAAGAAGGAACUCAUGUCCCAAAGCCUAAAGGCGAUGAACCAGUCAUUGAAGACAGACCAAAUGGAAAGAAGGAGGUUGUCUCUGGCGAUAAAAGCAUUCUGAUCGACCGCAUCCAACAAUCACACUUUGGCCCAGUCGACAAAAAAUUCAACGAAGCGUAUGCUUUGAAGGACGUCUACGUCAAAGCAAAAGAGGAAAAUGCUCCAAACAAGUCCGAAGCUUUUGAGAAGUAUGACAAAGCAAUCAAAGAAGCAAACGAAAUGCAAAAAGAUGCAAAUAAAAAGAUUUUCGAGGAGGUCAACGUUUAUAUGAACGAACCAGACGCCAUCGAUAUGCAUGGGUUAAAGAUUGAAAACUCAAUUGACAUUCUUAAGGAGGAGAUCGAUAAAGCCAAGAACGCAGGAAAGAAGAUUUUGAAGGUCCAAUGUGGUAUGGGUCAUCAUAACACGGUUGGGUUUUCUAAAAUCAAAGAAGCCGUUGUUAAGUACUGCAACGACAGCUCAAUCAAGUUUGAUGAAGACAAAGACCAUGGAUUUGUCAAUAUCCAGUUGUAA